AUGGAGCAAGAUUACAUGCGUUUUCUAUCUAAGGGUAAACAAACAGAUUCUGUUCAUGGUAAGAAACAGGCUCCGGUAAGUCUUUAACUUGGGUUUUUACGUCUUUUCCAUAUAGGAAGGUAGCUCCUCUUUGGCCAAUGAAAUCCAGAAGGUCCGGGAAACUAUUAAGUCUUCCUUGGAGACUGUAAGUUUUUGUACUGACUUCCCACUGUUUCACUAGUUUGUUACUGUACCGUAUUUCCAACAGAGCGCACGCAUGCAUGAUAGCAUUUAGUCACCCUGGGCUAGACAUUUGCUAGCCCGUUUGACUUGCGAGCUGGUGUAGGGCCAUUAAUCUGACUAGCUGAGAGUGAUCCAUCCGUGCGAGGAAAGUAGCUUUUCUGCUACACCUUCUCGUUGAUGCUCACACGAGUGCGUUUUCCACGUCACGCCUGGGGGUCCCUUUGCGCAUACGCACGUAUGCAGGGUGCACGCACGCACUUUUCCGGAAUUUAGGCCCCCGUCUGGCGACUUAUAACGCCUAGGGCUACAACGCCCUCAGCUCGCCCAGGAAGGCGCAUCACCCUACUGUCCCUGUGUGGACAGUGUCCUCUAAGAUUGCUAUUAAAUCCAGUCAAUCGCAACGCUAGCCAGCGACCGGGCUAGUCCUGGGCGAGUAGAACGCUAUCAGGGUGUCAGCUAACAGACUCAUGCUAGUCUGUAUUUUAUUUGCCCUCGUUUCUAAGGUCUGAUCUAGCGCAAAUACUAUUGAUUUCUAGUGAAGGUGCAUCAUAUGCGUCAUAUGAUGCGGUGUCAGGCUUGCUUUCGCACACUGUCUUGAUUCCCUUUAUAUACUUGGCUGAUAGCUGCUGGGUAGCGAUUCGAGCAUGUUUGCUCAAAUCUUCGCCUUUUCCAGCAGGAUAGGUUUUUUUUUCACCUGGGCUCCUCAACGCAAGGCAAGUUCCCAACCAUGUCUGCCAGGUUGGCUCGUGGUGGUAUUUCGAAGAUCCCAGGUAAAUGUGGGCCAUCCAAGCGUGUGGAAUUACGAUUCACAACGAAGAGCCCUCUAUCUGGGGAAGUUAAAAAGUGCUUUCCUCUUUGUCUAGGACUUGCCUGCGCUAUCGACUAUACUACCCAUGUCACCAUUAGUUAGGGGCUCAUUCGUCAGGUCAACUAAUUGGUCCUUGUUUUGCAGUAACGUUUUCUCAGUGCCUACCAGGGAGUUGAAUUUUCCGACCACAAACCGAACAGAAUUUCUAGUUCGUCUCAAAUUGAAAUACGGUUGUUCAACGACUGGAGUUUGACCAUACAAGUCGACACCAGGUCAGGAUGCUGCCUUCGGUGCCUCCACAUCCAGGAAUGCAGCCGUUUUCCUCGAACAGCUAAACACUUCUUGCUGAUAUUUCUGGUUAGGACACCGUGUUGUCGAGACGAAAUUUUUACAGAGUUGACACAUUGUUACAGACGCGAGCUCGGAAGUAGCGAUUUUCUGCGCACACUAGCCCAGAAAUGUGGUUGCUGAUCCGUGAUCACAACGGCAUGCCAGUGAGUUCUUGUGGGACGCCGAAGACGUGUGCACGACGAAUCGCUUUUGCUCAAUACCUGGUUAGUCUGAAGAUUUCUGUUAGCCGCCGUCAUGGGCGGAGAAUAGUUUACUCCCAAAAUGUUGGCUAUCUCACAGUCAGAAUCUUCAUAUUAGGCAGACCACAAGUUUUCGUGCUUUUUGUAAAUGUAAUGUAAUCAGACCGGAUCUUAGGGCCAAGUUUCCAGCACUGUAGGUCUGUUUCCGACCGAGUUCAGUCUCAGUAUAUUGGAUUGUUUCAGUCCCAUCUGACACUACAAUGGGUCUGAGUGCCACUCUCACCACACCAUUUGAUCCUUUGGAUACAGGGCUUCCUAACUGCCAUGGGGCAAUCACAUUCUGUCCGACAGCUCUUUUGUUGACCGUGCAACACUGGUCGCGUCCGAGUCUCCUGCACAGGCCAUCAGGAUUCCCAAUUGGCACUGCCACAUCCGUUUGGUCCCUUUGAUCGGCCGCCAGCGAAGUCCUGUCAACUUUGUUGCACCAGGCGCCAUUUUUUCACUCUGGAACAGCCCAUUAUUAAAGCAGCACGUAAGACCCCCCAUUCAACGCCCGCUGACCCAAUAAAAAAUCUACAAGCACGCCAGAUCGUAGCCGGUAGUACACAGGCCUUUGACCGAAGCGUGGAACGUCUGUUUACUUGUCAACUGGAUGCGGGUUCAAACGUCAGUUUUUCUCAGCCUGGACUGGAGGUGUGGGCGGUUGACAACGGCGGGUAAAUCAGGAAUUAUCAUUCCAUUCUCCAUCGGCUUUGAAAGGAAUUUUGGAAUCUGGCAAAAACACGCCUGCACCAGCGCGUUAUUCAGGAUUUACUUUUGUCCUUCAACACGCCCAGCAUUAUCAUUUGGGAAAAAAACUUUUUUUGUAAAAUAUCUCAAACAGUACUGUCCAGUAACUCUGUGUUCCUUAUAAUGCCUUGGCAUUUUCUUAUCCGCUAGGCUGCUCCUCCGGGGUCCGCUCCUCCCAACAACCGGCAGCUGGAUCGCCUAGAGAAAGGUAAGUAUACAAGCUUCCCACGGUUAAAACGCCUAUGAAACAUCUUGAUUGAUACCGAUAAUCUUUUCGUCCAAAUUUUGUCCCACUUCGUUCAUCAAGAUGUGUCGACUGAAUUCGUCGACACACCCUUCGUAAAGGUGUUCCUCUUAACGACUCACUGUCUACCUUCCGCCUGUUAUUGCUUAACAGUAAAACACUGCUGACUCUGAUUUAAUGUCGGCACAUGCUCAAGUCCAGUUCGAUGCCUCCGAGAUGUCGGAUUUCCACGUAUUUUGGUUAUCUCAUACAAUCUUCCAUCCAACACCGUUGACUUUGCAUCCCAGGCUUUGUAGGCACCUUCAGUUUCUUCGUCCCUCAUUCUCUUCCUAUUUGCAAGAUUUUUAAGUUUCUGACCGUCAACCCCUUUGAUUAUUGUCGCGUGCGUUGUGUGCACAGAAACGCCGAGCUGUCUCAUCCGUUUUCGUUUCCUUGCUCAUUUCCGAAUUUUCUCGGUCCUGACACGACAAAAGUACCGAUGCCUGUUAGUGGCCUGACUCGAACUUACUUGACGCUGCUGUAAACCACGUUUCCAUAUCUUGUAGUGCCUUUAGUUUAUUCUGUUGUUAUCCGUAUUCGUAUUAGUGAAUUAAAAGCAAUAUAAACUCUGGAAGUAGUAUAUAUAUAUAUAUAUAUAUAUAUAUAUAUAUAUAUGAGCUACGGAACCCGAUGAUAUAUUUUUUUCGGUGAUUUCUUCACUUAGAACGACGGGGAAAUCAUUAAACAAUUACAUGGGUUCACUUUAAGAUGUCCUGGUGCAUGAGCGCCGUCAACACUCCCAGUAACACGCACAAACUCAUUUAUCACAUCGCACUUUUAUCUGUUAGCGUCGUUUUUUGUGGGGAAGUUAAUUCAGCAUACUUAAUUUGCUACUUUCGUCCAACUUCACAUUAAGUGUCCGAGUGCCCUUGUUGAGCCCUCGCUGUUAACGUUUCUGACCUAAUAGACAAGUUUUAUCCGGAAACAACCUGGUUAGGCGCCAGCCGAGUUGUUGCUACCUGACGCCGUCUAGAUGGGCUGGUCUUCACAGAAGAUCCUCUACUUUCUCUUUAGUGGUGAACAGUCUAGUCUCCCGUGUCCAGGAACUUGAGGCAACAAUCGAGCGCCUGAAGUCUUUGCACCUCCCUAGUUCCGCCCCGACCCAGGCUGCCGCGGAAGCCACAAAACCCGCUGCACCGGCCAAGGCGGCUGAUGAUGAAGAUGACGACGAUGUGGACUUCUUUGCCUCCGAUGAAGACGUAGGUUCUCCAAUUAGCACUGUAGCUACUUCAUCCCAUCCAGCUUUGGGCCUUUUCGUAUGCUUCACUUAUUCAUACCUUGAACUUGCUAGGCUAAUCCGCAACGAAGAAGGCCCUACUCUCUAGACCUUGUGCUCCGCCGAAAAUUUCCACCCUUACUACUAGUGUCCCCGCUCACCGGUUGUUUACUCGAUCCGUUUUUGAUCCCCUGUGGCCUCGCCAGGCUCUCGGCGCAAUCGGCGUUCUUAUAUUCUGACAGAUUACUGUUUUUAACCAGACCUUGAAGUCGCUCGAUUGAAUCGUAGAAAAAACUCUUGGUUUGCAGCUGAUGCACACGAUGGCAAGUGCUGACAUAUUCGUGAUUGCCACAAGCAAGAACCUGCAACUUGUGCUCGUUGCUGUUAGGAGCGGUUGCAUGAACCAUGAUUCACACUGCCGUGGGUCGGCUGGUUUCACUCUCGAUGCACAAUAUUUGUUAGACCGUAGUGCCAAGACGAUGGGUGUAUCCUGAGCGCUGCCAUCAUUGGGCCAAGUCCUGAUGAGUCGAGGAAGAGUGAAGACACCGAUGGAAGGAUUUAUUCCGAGUUAUCGUCACGGGCAAUAGUUGACACUGAUGAAAGCAGGGCGUGUGCUGAUGAUGGUAGGUGUCGGGCCAUUCCAGUCUCCCUUGCCUUUGUCGGCAAUACCAUACUGCCUUUAUCAUGCGCCGCCGUGCGGCUGCUGGUUGGGCUGGAGAGAGAGCGUGUAAGGCACAACGGAACAAGUGAGUUCCGUAAUAACGAGUGGUGAGCGCCCCCUACCACUUACAGGUGCAUCGAAACUGGGCCGAUGCUAAGUGGAAGUGGUCUGUGUUGCAUUACCCAAGACCUAGUGUGUUCGACUGGGCGCACGAACAAGUGUGAUUGUUUGGGUGCGCAUAUCCGUGCUGAAGUCAGUUGAGGUAUUUCAGCUCAGCGGGUUGAGGACCAAUUGAAUUGGUUUCUGCAGUGGGGUUGUUCGUGAUGGUAAUUGACUCUGAGUCGUUCAGACUUUGAAAUGGAGAUGGGCGGUGUGAUGACACGAUGGGCUGCAGAGCUGCCCUUGGAUGAGGCGUCUGAUUUUACUCCAGGGGCAGUUGUAUGUAGACCCGGACACCUCUGUUUGUUUAGAGUUCAUCCAGGAAGCACGCCCCUCACAAACCACCUUGACCGAAGAGUCAUUGCUCCAUGUAUUCCCACUUUGGACUCAUGACUGUGCAGAUAUUUCUGAUUGACGCGUCCACGGUGGCUGAAACAACUGGUUAAAUUGCAAACCGAUCGACUCACAAAUAGUCACCUUCAAUCGUCCUCGGUGAACCGCAGACCUCUGGUUCACAGGUGUACUCAAAGUCCACUGUCAGCAAGUUCAAUCUUGUAACCUCGAGGCCGUCACCAGUCAGCACUUGGUUUGUAUGCAAUGGCAUUCAGACACUUUUAUCUUGAAGUAGGCCCAGUGAAUGGCUUAAUCACCAGAGAGGGUGUGUUUCACUAGUUUGUCCAAAUCAGCCGUUCACCGAUUUGUUUGAGGCUCCACCAGGGAACUAAGUUUGGAGAUAAGCGAUCAAACAGUCCACAGAACACUCACAGAACGCACAGAUUUCUGUUUGGUACGCGUUAACUUGGCUUGUCUCACACUUAAUUUAAGCCUUUUAUGGUUUGUAACCGACGUUUAUUUUAAUCCCUAUCCUGACCUUUCGGCACGAAGUCCGACGCGUUAGCAGAAACUGUCUUCAGACUCACCAACUGCCAUUCGCCAUGACUUUAAAGUGGUUUUCUCGCAUAAAACCCAUAACGAUCUGCUUGUUUGGAAGAUGUAUUCUACUCUGCUUGUGUCCAUGAAUCUGCAUGCAAGCACGUCAGCGCCUAGAUGUUGGCGUUGUUCAGACGCCAUAUGCACGAAUCACCGCCGAGUGAAUCUGCUAGCAUGCUUUGAAGCACCCUGUCAGUACUAUAGUCUGAAGGCGGCAGUGGAGCUACGCAGCCCACACCAGAAAUUAUGUCGAAGUCGUUCUCUCACGGAGUCAAAAUGCUGGAAAAUCGAAAAACCGCGACAGGUGGUGGUCAAUUAUAGCGGUGACGGCGUUGAAAGGGUUGGUGCCUUAUCAGAAAGCAAUUUAAGAAGUGACUAUGAAGUGUGAUGGUAUCGCCAAGUUUUCCUAUGAUGAGAUUGUCCGUACACAGCGUGGCUGCAGUCUACAUAUAAGACUCCCACGUCGCAACGUUUGCGUAGUCGAAAAUUUAUGCCACGGGGGACGCUGUCUCGUGGGAAGUUUACACGAGAACCUAGUCUUGCAUCGAGAGAAGAGCCCACUGAACUACUAAGAAUGAGAUCGGAAAGCCUUUCCGAACGCUGCAGCCUGUGAUCAAGGAAGUCGCUCAAAUACUGUGAUCGGACAUAUUUCAUGAGGUUCGUAAAGACAUGCAGGUGGUUCUUGGACCUUCGGUAUUCGGUCUGCGUCGUUGGCGAAGGGAAUGGGUCGAACUGUCCAGAUCUGCUGCCGCGGAUCGUCACGCGUGGAGAGGUACAGUUCGUGGCAUCAUGGAGGUCGGCUAGAUCAGGCAUGAUCGCAGCCGUAUCAAGUACAAGUACAAGUAAGUCGCUCAAAUCGAGUGUCGCGCUCUUGACCGAUUGAAGACGAGCCUGUCCUUUGGGCCUCCACGGAGUGACGAAUAGUUGAAUGGCAUUCAGUGUAGGUUAGACGCGAAAUGGACAGACAUGAUUUUGUCGCCUAAACUGUCUUGGACAAGCGGUGGUACUUCUUGCAGGAUUCGGAAAGUUGACGUUUUUCGGGCCAACUACGAGAUCCCGCUGGACCAAUGGGAACAUAGAACUGUAGCGAGAACGAGUCGCCAUUAAACAAGCUCUUGCCUCGCUGUCUUUCGGCUUCGGGCUGGGCGACCCACUUGUGCCUAAUCAUAGGCAGUUACGAAGGUCCAUUCAUCGCGAAUCUUCGUAAUUAUGUAUUGAGCCUACAAUUUUUGGCCAGUUGAAUCAGUAAUGAUGACAGAUGUCACAAAUGACUACCUCAGGGCUUUGAAUGGCCAUUGUUAGCUUCUAUCUCUUCCCCCCCUUUUGUGUCUUAGGACGAGGAACACGAACGACUGAAACAAGAACGUGUGGCCGCCUACAAUGCCAGGAAGGCCAACAAGGUGAAGGAGGUCGCCAAGUCUGCCAUUGUCCUUGACGUCAAGCCAUGGGACGACACGACCAACAUGCAGGAGCUUGAGACCCUCGUGCGUGGCAUCAAAUGCGACGGUCUGCUUUGGGGUGCCUCCAAACUCGUCCCUGUUGUCGCCUCUAUCAAAAAACUCCAGAUCGCCUGCGUAGUCGAGGACGACAAGGUGAGUCUGCGUCUCCCCGUCCUCCCCACUCGCCGUAGACUGGGUUUUCAAUCCUAAAAUCUUGAAUUUUCCAAACCACAUUAUCCCCUCCCCCGUUAUACCUCUUGUCGUUUGUGACAGCGAUUUUUUUUUGCCACUCGGUAAUGGUCAUCGCUCAUAUAUCCUAUUUGUAGGCAACAGAGCGUGAGCCCGAAAGUUUGAACAGACACAAAAGUGCUCAUUACGACCCACUGAACCCGUGGUUCGGACCUCGGGUGCUCAAACAGUAGUUGAUAACAGUAACUGCUCCAGAAAGGGCUAUUUCAGCCUUUGUCAGUAGCAUUUCUUUUUCUUUGAGAGCCAGUGGUUGCGCUUCUUUUUGGCCCAGAAUGUUGGGCUCUUCUCAGAACUCUGUUUUUCUAUUAGCAAACCUACACAAAUCUGUUAAUCCUGAUUUAAUUUAUUUUCCAAUGCGAUGAAGUCCACUGCCUAUUAGCAGCGAUUUUUACUCUCUGAUUUUUUGACGAAGAAUAUCCGAAUACUUCGUUGAUCUUAUUAAACCACUGACGGUUGGAAAAUAUCAGGCGCUUCGCGUUUGCACUCCAUGCUAUACUGUCUUCCAAGUGAUUUCUAUUGCUUAUUCUUCCUCGCACCUUACAUGAAAAUUUCCAAGGAUCCUGGAAGAUAUUUAAAAUAUCCAUUACUUGCUGAAUUAUCUCCUUGCGUUUCUGCUUGUUUUGUUAAAAUUCCACGUUGCAUAUUCCUGCUUAAAAUGUCAGAAUAACGGAUGCUACAUAAUUCUUAAGCUUCGUAGAAACCCCACAAACAGUUUUAGUCUGUUUGGAAUAUCUACUUGGAUGAAAAUUCCCGGAGAGUUGAUUGUACCUUGCGAACUGUUGCUGACUUGAUUGGGUAGCAAUAAUGUGCGGCGCCGGCAGUUUAUUGCUCCUGUCUCUGGCAACGUUUAUUUUGAAUGUUAUUCAAGCUUCAUCCUCCUCAGACUUGACUGUUCUCCUUUCCUCCAGGUGAGCUUGGACUUCCUGGAAGAAACCAUUACUGGCUUCACUGAUCACGUCCAGUCCGUCGACAUUGCCUCCUUCAACAAGCUCUGA